CAGCCCUCUCGCAGCCAAAUGCCCGCACGCCCCAGGCUGGGCGCCCCGUCGCCCGGAGGUUCCCGUGCGACGACUCCGCCGCCGGCCGCCAAUCCUGACGCCGGCGACACCAUCUACGAGGCUGGCGGCGCGCUGCAGGGUUUGGAUGCCGAGGCGCGCCGGCCGACUCCUCCGGGCCACCACCGCAGCACGAGCGACUGCAUCGCCGGCGCGCUCGCCGUCUCGAGCAGCCCGCGCUACGACGGCGCACACGGCCACGGCGGCGCCUGCUCGGCGAGUGGCCGCGGCAGCGCGCUCGACGCGAGGCUCGCGUCGGAGCCCGACCUCGCCUCGGGGCGUUCGUCGGGCGCGGCGUCGCGCCCUUCGCUGCAGUCGCUUGUGGAGGGGGCGGAGGGCGGCGGGUCGCCCUGCGUGCGCGACGUCGAGCUGGCGCAGGCGCUCUCGACUCCGUCCGACCGGCUCGAGCCUCUCGCGGCGGCAGGAGGAGGGCACCGCUCGCGGCCUCACUCGGCGGUCCCCUCGACCUGGUCGAGCUCGACUCUCUCCGAGGGGGACGCCGGCUCUUGCUCCAACCCGUCUCCCUCGGACGCCAACACUGUCCGGCUGCGACCGCCUCAAGGCGAGGCCAGCCCGGGCGGAGACCGCGCCACAGGCCGCCUGGCCCAGCUGCGGCUCCCUCCUUCGGUGCACGACUCCACCGCCCCCGCGGCAGCCGCCCCCGCGGCAGCCGCCGCGCAGAGCUCGUCGCGCGGGUCCGCCGAGGAGAGGCGCGAGGGGCCGCUGUGGCGGUCCGGCAGCGCGGAUGGGCCGAGGAUGGUGCCGGCCUCCUCCUCGACGGACGCGCUGCCACGAGGGAGCCUGGCGGGCAGUGGGAGCGGGGCGGUGCUCUGGGGCGAAAAGGCGGGCGGCGGGGGCGCAAAGUCAGAGCGUGAGCGCGCGCUGCUUGCGCAGAUCAAGCAGCUGGAGGGCCAGCUGGCCAAGGAGAAGCACAAGAAGAAGGAGGCGGCCAAGGCGGUGGCGCCCUCCGAGACCCGCAAGCGCCUCGUCGUCUGCACACAAUGGCUGCCGUACCAAGUCGAGCGCACCGCCAGCGGCGAGCUGCGCGUGCUACCUUCGCCCGCGCGGUACGUCGCGGGGUACGCGACCAUCAAGCGGCUCGACGUGCAGUGGGUGGGCGUGCUGUACAACGUCACGCUCUCGGCCGAGGAGCAGCCGGUCGCGCGGCGGCUGCUCGAGCCGUUCUCGUGCUUCCCGGUCUUCAUCGAGGAGGAGCAGCUUCACUUUGCGGAGGAGAUUGCAGCGGAGGUGCUCUGGCCGCUCUUCCACUACAUCCCGCUGUCGAUGCUCGACGCCGACAUCGACAUGGUGCACAAGCGGUGGGAGGGCUACACCGCGCUCAACACGCGCUUCCGCGACACCGUGCUCGAGCUGGCGCCCCUCCACACCGAUUUGGUGCGGGUCCACGACUCCGACCUGGCGCGGCCAAAGAUGCGGAUCGGCUGGUUUCUGCACACGCCCUUCCCGUCGGCCGAGAUCUACCACACGCUGCCGCACCGGAAGACGAUCUUGCGCGGCGUGCUCGGCGCGAACCUCAUCGGCUUCCAGAUCUACGACUACGUCCGCCACUUCAUGACUGCGUGCGCGUCGGUCCUCGGGACGGACGUCAACGUCGAGAGCACGUACAUUUUGGACGCGCAGCAGCGGACGGCGGUCACGGUGGACGCCUUCCCUGUGGGAAUCGACUGCGCGCACUUCCAGUCGCUGCUCGCGACGCGCGAGCUCAAGGACAAGGUCAUCGAGCUGCAGCGCCGCUUCGACGGGAAGAAGAUCGUGCUGGGCAUCGACCGCAUGGACUACAUCAAGGGCAUCCCGCACAAGCUACUCGCCAUCGACAAGUUCCUCUCCGCCCACCCGUCAUGGGCAGGCAAGAUCCAGCUGGUGCAGAUCGCGACGCCGAUUAUGCGGGGCGACACGGCGCGCUACGUCAAGCUGCGGAACAAGGUGCACAAGCUGGUCGGCCAGAUCAACGGCCGCUUCUCGACGCUUGCCCACGCGCCGAUCCACUACCUCGACCAGCCCAUCUCGCCUUGCGACGCGGACGUGAUGAUGAUCACGUCGCUGCGCGAGGGGAUGAACGCGAACGCCUUCGAGUACGUGGCUUGCCAGCAGCGCAACCGCGGAGUGCUCAUCCUCUCCGAGUUUGCCGGAUCCGCGCAGACGCUCGGCUCGGGCGCCAUCCUCGCGCUUCAUAUGCCGGAGGCGGACCGCGAGGAGAGGCACCACAACAUGAACGAGUACGUGCAGCGCUUCACGCUGCAGUACUGGUCCGACGACUUCUCGACCUAA